CCUGCAGAAUAUCAAAAUUUUUCAAAAAAAUAAACCACUAUUUCCUCUAACGCCCCAAUUCCCCACAGCUUUAGAGCCCUUCCACUUUUCGCAGCCUAUCAAUGUAACAAUGCAAAAGUCGACAAGAAGGAAGCCGUCAAGGAAUAAUAUCUGGAUUGUGUGGGCUUGCAGACAACUUGGGUGCCGCUGAGACUGCCACAGAGGCAACAACAACAGAGUAGUGCGAAGAACAGGAGGUAGAAGGAAAAGAAGAGAGAAAGGAAGAGAGUUGGAAGGAGAAAAGUGUUAAGAAACCUGGAAGAGGAAUCCUCCGAGGAGUGGACUGAGGUUUACCGUAAAAAAUCGGGCUGGCAGCAGGAUGAAUUCAUAUGUAGAAAAACUUUCAUUGUUGCCUGAGAUUAUCCAGCCUAUAUUGAAAAAUACAGACAUGAACGUAGACCCCAAGAUAUAUUUCAAUAUAGCAAUCAAGAUAUAUGAGAGGUUUAUGGAGGUUUUCAGUGAUGGUGGAAUGCAGGAAGCAGCUUAUGAGGUAAAAGAGGAGAUGGAGGAGAUGGAAAACACUGAGCUUGACAUUGCCAUCACUGGAGAGACGGGCUCUGGGAAAUCAUCCCUCAUCAAUGCUCUCCGAGGCAAGAAGGCAGAAGAUGAUGGUGCUGCCCCUGUAGGAGUGACAGAAACUACACUGAAUCCAAAGGUUUAUACGCAUUCUAAAGAUCCCAAAGUGAAAUUCUGGGACCUGCCAGGAAUUGGAUCCCCAGAUUUCUCCCCAGAGAGUUACCUUAAGAUGGUGGAUUUCCCCAGCUAUGACUUCUUUAUCAUUGUUGGCUCAGAGAGAUUCCGAUCCAACCACACUGACCUAGCUCAGGCAAUCCAGGAGAUGGAGAAGAAGUGUUAUUUUGUGCGCUCCAAAGUAGAUGCAGAUGUAUACAACAUGGAAAGGUCUUACCCAAAUACCUUCAAUGAAGAGGAAGUCCUUGAGAAGAUGAGGAAUGACUUAAAGAAGCAGCUUAAGAAGUGCUUCAGGAACACCAUCCCUCAAGUCUUUCUGAUCUCCUCCUGGGACCUUGCCAAGUAUGACUUCCCCCAACUGGUGGAGACGUUGGAGAAAGAUCUGCACAGUCUGAAGAGACUUGCAUUCCUGCUCAGCCUUCCCAUGUUUUCCCCUGAAGUCACGGAAAAGAAGAAAUCUGUGCUGAAGAGCCACAUAUGGAAAAUAUCCCUGGCAUCUGCUGGCAUCAAUGCUAUUCCCAUUCCAGACCUUCCUCUGGCUUGUGAUGUUGCCCUCUUGCUUGGGUCCAUGGUUGCCUUCUACAAAAGAUUUGAGUUGGAUGAUGACUCCUUAGCUAGGCUAGCCAGAUUGGCCAGGAAGCCUGUUGAAGAACUGAAGGCCGUGAUGAAGUCUCCUCAGAUGGAAGAAAUUACCAUCGAUCUCGUUAUAAAGAAAAUAACCAAUUAUGCAAAAGAAUUAUUCCCACCUUCCCUAGUUAGAAGCUUGGUAGCAGCAGGGGUGUCUUUUGCUAUCACUUAUUGGAUGCUGUUGAGCUUUGUCAAUAAUCUAGCUGAGGAUGCUGAAAGGGUUCGAAAGAAAGCCCUAGAACCAGAGCACUAGGCAGAGCACCCAGGUAGGCACAAGACAUGAGGCAACUCAAGGUGAAGUGGGAACUGCUGCUGCUGCUGUGAUGGCAAAUGUUCCUACUUUGGCACCCUUUUUCAUACCCAUUUUGGCCAGUUCUAGAGACAAUGGAACAGGCCUUACAACUGAUUUGCCUUACCGCAAUACAACACAAUCAAGCUUUUAAAAGUAGAAAUAAAAAGCAACUUUCAAUUUUUCUAAAGUCCUUUGGAGACAAGCGUGCCAGACAGGUACACCACUGCUCUUAUGAAUUGAAUAGGUCAGGUUUAAUCAUCCCACCCUUAGAGAUUCAUUAAACAUGUCGUGUCCACAAUGAAUGCUAUUUUUAACUGAUACUUUUAAAAUAUACUCAGAUGUAAACUAGACACAUUUGUCAUAUUGAUGUAACAUCCUAUCGAAACCUCUCUGUGUAACUUCUACCCAGGUAUGCCUUUAAAAAAGAGAAUUGUUUGAUUUUGAUGUAGUUUUAUUAGAUGUUGCUAUAAUUAUUUCAUUAGAUGAUAGUAGGCAAUAAUCGAAAUUAAUGUAGAAGUUGAAGUGUAGGUGUUUUGGGCAUAUAGUUUUUUUCUUUCAUGAAGUUUUCUGUGAACUGCCCUGAGACCUCUGGGUAUAUGGCGGUAUAUAAAUUCAAAUAAUAAUAAUAAUAAUAAUAAUAAUAAUAAUAAUAAUAAUAAAGUUGCAGAUUUUGUGGAAUGCAGUCUUGCUUUUCUUCAAUAAUUCAGAAAGCGUAGGGGGGGGAAAUUACCUCCUUCAAAGGAGAAUUUGGGAAUAAAUAUCCCUUCCUUGGAGCGUCUCGCUCUCUCAUUUGGCCUAUGUAAUAUUUUGCUUCCUGCCCAAUUCUAGCCUUGCUGAUUCAGGCAAUUAUGAUUUGCUUAAGGUUUAGUCAAGGUUUCCCAGCCUUAACAAUAUUUCAGAUUUGUACUGCUAACAUAUUAUACUGUGUUUAUGUUAUUAACCUCAUUUAUCUUAUUUUCUGUAGUGUUCAAUUAAGUUCCACCAAGUAAAGGAAAUGCAUUUGC